AUGGAUGUAAAGCAGAGAUUACUUUAUGCCAUUUUUCUUUCUAGUCUGCUUCUGUCUUCCAUGUCAUCUUUGACAGCCCAAAAAGAAAAUUAUAAUUCAACUGCCUAUCUUCCUGCUUCCUGGAUCAACCAGGCCUCUGAGUCCCUGAUGAUCAAUAGCACAGGUGGUAAUAUAGUGAUACCCAUCCUACUGAGAGGAAGUGAUGGACCAAGGUAUGUGUGCGGCUUCUACUGUAACAUGGAAGGUAAUCAAUGCGUCUUUGGAGUCCUCAUUUCUCAAAGUAGGCGGAGUAAUGAUGAAUAUCUGCAGUCCCCAGAAUUAGUCUGGUCUGCUAACAGGAAUAAUCCAGUUCACAGUAAUGCAACAUUGCAACUUAGGCAAGAUGGAGAUCUGGUCUUGGCAAAUUCUGAUGGCACCUUAAUAUGGUCCAGCCAUACAAGAGGAAAGCUGGUUUCGGGAUUGAAGUUGACAAAAAUGGGAAACCUUGUGCUAUUUGGCCCCAAGAAUGAAUCCAUUUGGGAGUCUUUUGAUCAUCCCACCGACUCGUUACUUCUGGGACAGAAGUUGGGUCCUGGGCAGAAGCUGAGAGCUAGCGAUUCAGCAACCAAUUGGAGUCAAGGUCGGCUUUCUCUUGCUGUUGGCUCUAAUGGUUUAUCAGCUUAUAUAGAGUCUGAUCCGCCACAAAGAUACUAUGUGUCUGGCACGAACAGCUAUCCUUUUUAUGAGUUCCGAAAUGGAAGCUUAAACGACCUGACAAUUCCUCCUGCAUCAGGAGCUCAAUUCAUAAAGUUUGAGCCUGAUGGGCAUUUAAAGGUAUAUCAGUGGAGAGAUAUGAGAUUUGUGGAAGUCAUUGAUCUUUUGGACCCAUAUGUUGGUGAUUGUGGAUACCCAAUGGUCUGUGGCAACUAUGGUGUCUGUUCAAAGGGUCAAUGUGGUUGUAUUGAAACAACCAAUGACCAAGAGAAAAGCUAUUUCAGCCAAAUAAAUUUCAGACAACCCAAUCUUGGAUGCUCACGGGUCACUCCAAUUUUCUGUGAUGACUCCCGUGAUCAUACUCUUCUGGAGCUAACAAAUACAUCUUACUUUGCAGUUGAUUCAAGCUUAGACAAAGCAAAUAUGGGAAUGGAGGACUGCAAAAGUAAGUGUCUAAGCAACUGUUCAUGCAAAGCAGCUCUCUUUUAUUAUACAGAUCAAAGGGAUAGUGUUCUAGAAAGCAACGGCAAUUGCUUAUUGCUAAAUGAAGUUUUCUCUAUUAUUAACAAUGAGGAUAAUAUAAGACCUCCUUAUAAUACAACUGUCCUUGUUAAGGUGCAAGAUGUUUACGUCCACUCGUCGUCGUCGUCGUCGUCGUCGAGAAUAUUAGAGGAUUCCGAAGAAACUGAGGGGCAUUUUCUGAACCAGUUACCAGGAAUGCCUACCAGAUACUCCUAUGAGAAGUUGAAAUCAAUGACAGAAGAUUUUAGCAAAAAACUUGGGCAAGGAGGAUUUGGUUCAGUUUAUGAAGGAGUUCUAAGUGAUGGCACGAAGAUAGCAGUCAAGUGUCUUGAUGGUUCGGGUCAAGUGAAGGACUCAUUUUUAGCGGAAGUGCAGAUAAUUGGUAGCAUCCACCAUGUCAACUUGGUAAAACUCAUUGGUUUUUGUUUUCAUAAAUUGCACCGGCUUUUGGUUUAUGAAUACAUGGCUAACGGAUCUUUGGAUAAAUGGAUCUGUGGUGGAAAGAACAGCCAAUCUCUUCCAUGGAAUGCAAGGAGAAGAAUCAUCACAGACAUUGCUAAGGGAUUGGCUUAUCUCCAUGAAGACUGCAGUCACAAAAUAAUUCAUUUUGACAUAAAACCGCAAAACAUCCUUUUAGAUCAAAAUUUCAAUGCAAAAGUUGCUGAUUUUGGAUUGUCAAAGCUAGUCGAAAAGGAUCAGAGUAGAGUUAAUACAAGGAUGAGAGGAACACCAGGAUAUUUGGCUCCUGAAUGGUUGAGCUCAGUGAUCACGGAAAAAGUGGAUGUUUAUAGCUUUGGCAUCGUGAUGCUGGAAAUCAUUUGUGGGCGGAAGAAUGUGGAUUGGUCUAAGAUCGAGGAAGACAAGCAUUUGCUUAGUAUUUUCAAGAGGAAAGCAGAAGAAGAAAGACUUCAAGACAUGGUCGACAAGAAUAAUUUGGACAUGCUAAUCCACGUUCAAGAAGCUGUGGAGAUGAUGGAGAUUGCUGCAUGGUGUCUGCAGAGCGAUUUCACCAAGAGGCCUUCAAUGUCAUUGCUUGUUAAGGUACUGGAUGGUUUGGUAGCACCUGAAACCAAUCUGGAUUAUGAUUUCACAAAGCCAUCCGUAGUUGAAACAAGAGCAGCUGGUCAUCUAGUAAUUGAAGCUGAUAAUAUUGCUAGUCAGCUGUUGCCUUCAGCUUUAUCUGGACCGAGGUAG